AUGACGAAAGCGAGGGUGUCCAGAAUCGGUAGCUAUGCCAUUGCGUCCUCCAUUAAAGACCCAACCUGCAUUUCCUGCACCACCUUCAACAUACUCGCCCCAAUCUACAAGAGACUCAAUAACAAGGACCAAAGUUGCCGGGAAAGCGAUUACAGGGUGUAUUGGUUGAACAGGAACCAGAGAAUAUUGGAUUGGUUGUUGAACGAAAGAUCUUCCAUUAUCUGUCUUCAGGAGUUUUGGGUUGGGAAUGAAGAGCUUGUCAAUAUUUACAAGAGGAGACUUAGUGAUGCUGGUUAUAUCAAUUUCAAGCUUGCGCGAACCAACAACCGUGGUGAUGGUCUUCUAACUUCUGUGCAUAAGGACUACUUUAGGGUUCUUAACCAUAGGGAGUUGCUCUUCAAUGAUUUUGGAGACCGUGUUGCUCAGCUAUUACAUGUUGAAUUAGUCGCACCCUUCACACAAUAUCAUAGCAACAAUGUUCAGCAAGAAAUUCUUAUAGUGAACACCCAUUUAUUAUUUCCUCAUGAUUCAAGUUGUUGUCUGGAACGAUUGCGUCAGGCCUACAAAAUCUUGCAGCAUGUCGAGUCAUAUCAGAAGGAAAAUAAGCUUAAUCCAUUGCCCAUUAUAUUGUGCGGUGACUGGAAUGGAAGCAAACAAGGUCAUGUUUACAAAUUCCUUAGAUCUCAGGGGUUUGUGUCAGCAUAUGAUACU